CCCGUUCCCCGUGCUCUCCUUGACCGUGUUGUCUGCCGCAGAGAAGCCGGGGCGUAGCUGUUGCCGCGCGUGUACGAACGAGUGUUUUGGUUUGAGUUCUCCAAUUUAAAUUGUCGAGAAAAUAUCAACCGGGCCAAAUAUUCAUCAUGGCUUACUUUACCCAUUGCUGCUGUGGCUGUAUGACUGUCAGGACUGGCACCAAAGUGCUGGCAAUUCUGAGUGUGAUUGGUUUUGCAAUUGGUUUGGUGACCUACUCGGCAGUCUCCGCAAACUUUGACAAAGUCUUGGAGAUGUACGAUGACCUCCCAGAGCUGCGGGAUGCCGUGAAGUCGACCUAUGGGCUUUUCGUAGCCUAUGCAGUCAUCAGUGCCAUUGGCUUUGUGGCAGCCUGCCUUUGCAUCAGGGGAGCUUACACUGACCAACGACACCUGCUGCUCCCAUACUUGGUGUUUGAAGGACUGUUGAUGCUCGUCCAGGCUGUGACUAUCAUCAUUGUCAUUAUUGCAAUUGUCGCCAGUGGUGCCACUCAAUUCCUUGUACUCCUCUGCUCACUCAUGCUUUCCCUGGCCUUGCAGAUCUACUUUUUCAUGGUGGUGCUGUCGUUCUACAAGCAGUUGGCCUUUCUCAGCCAGAACCCAGGACAGGGGGGUAUGAUGACUCAAGGUGCUGUUUUGGUUCCCAGUGGUUAUGUGGCACAGCCAGGAUACCCUGACGCCCCGCCACAGUACCAGCCACAGUACCAACCAUCUGCACCUGAUGGCAAGAUGGGCAUGGUGUAAAAGGGCCACUUUGAACAGCGGCAGUGUUUUACAGGUUGUUGUAGUGCCAGCUGCAAGCCUGCACAGCUAGCUGCUGUGUGGCCAUGUGACUGCUUGCAGACAUUUUUUCUGCCGUGCUGAAGUUGUACCUGCUGCACUUUCCAAAGGCAGUUAUUGUUGCCAUUGGUUAUUUUUUUUUGUUUUGACCUCACUCGGUGGAUAUCCGGUGCAUCUUCAUUCGCUUCUAGUCUGGUUUGGAAGCUGUUAAAGUUUGAGCGGCGGAUGCAGGAAAAUUUUGGGUAGCCAACGACUUUCUUCACGAAUUCCAUUGAAAGCUGCAAUAAUGUAACUAUAUUUUAAAACUCUUUUCUCAGCUUAAGAAAAAAAGUGUAUGGUACUCGUUCCGCCGCUUACUCGGUGAAAAAAAUAAGAAUGUGCAAUUUGCAAACAGGUUAAACCGAAUUUGCACAUUCCAGAGAAUUGUAAACUGGGUCCAUUCAAAUUUAUUGCUGUGCUGUAUAGCAGAGCAUAUAUUUCCCACUGCACAGAGUACAAGUUCAGGUUUGCCCCUGACAUUGUUUUGGUUUUCCUUUUAUUUUAGCCUCUUGGGUUGAGGGGAUCACUUUGUUACUUGUUUUAGCCUUUUUUUUUUUAUUUGGGAAAUUGUUUAGGCAGUGUUGCCUUGACUCGAGUUUGAAUUUCCACUUUAUGCUUAUUAUCAUGGAACUAUCUUUGCAACAGCUCUUGUCAGAUUGAAGGUCCUGUCACAAAUGUCAUUUGAAAACAUCCCUUUUGUCUUAAUUUGUGCUAUAUUUACAUGUAGAUUCUACAUAAUUUGAAUUUAAAGUGCUUAUUUGGUAUCGUAUUAGGCAAUGUUGCAUUGCGUGAAAUUUGAAUUUCCACUUUAUGCUUAUCAUGUAACUAUAAUCUGCAACAGCUCUUGAAAUUUGUGAUGUGACCUUGAAUCUGUCACUUCAAAGCAUACUUUUUCUCAUAAUUUAAGAAAGAGAAGAAAGGGGCUUCUCAUGAUAUGUUUUCUCAUAAUUUGUGCUAUAUUUGCACGCAGAUUGUACAUAAUUUAACUUUAAUGUGCUUAUUUGGUAUCGCAUUUGAGUGCAGCAGGCGACAACUUGCAUGUCACACUUCUCAUUGCUUGAAACAUCAAGUGUACUUACGCCUACUCUGCCUCGGCACUUUUUUGCGCUUGUAUUUCUGCGAUUUUCUAGUCUUUCAUGAGAGUUCUUGGAUUUCUUCUACUUCUUUGGCAUCAUUCAAGAAUUUUGUAAGCUCCUGAAUAUAAUGGGAGCCCUAUUUACAUAAGCGACGUGCCUUGCAAUGUCCAGCUUACAGCAGUUACAGCGUACUUGUAUUGUAACAUACAACAGCCUAUGAAAUGUUACACCAUGCUUUUCCAGUGGCACUUGUUGAAUUGUGAAGCCACUGUUGAGGCAUCAAGGGCCACUUGAUGUGAAUUUUUCUUUUUCUUAAGUUGUGGUAAAUGCAAGUCUGUUGCGUUGUUGUUUCUUCUUUCAUGAACGUACUCAUGUCCCUGUUUUAUUUUCCUUGUGCAUUUUGCUCUCUGCAACCUUUGAGGUUGCCAUUUUAUGCAUUUUUGUGUGGUGCAGCUACCACAACUUAUUUUUACAAAGCAAUUCUUUGUUAAGCACGAAGAUUGUGCUUUGUUUGCAUUUAUUUGAUACAUUAAUAAAAUGGAAAUCUGUUUCCCAAA